GCAGGUAAAGGUGUAUGUGUUCGUGUUGCUUAUGAAUGUGGGGGAGACAGGAAGAGGCGACGGCGUGAAGAAGAGACGGAGAGGGGGUCGAAGGAGGACAAAGAAGGACCCGGCCGAGAGGAGGAAGAGCUGGAAAGAAAGAAGGAACGCGAGAAGAGGGAAGGAUGUCGGAGAGGAUGGCUUCGUGUGGGAGCCUGUAUGACAGCACCAACCUGCUGCUACAGUACUGCAACAACGAUGACACGGUGUCGGCUGGCAGUAACAUGGACAUGGAGGACCGGGUUUCCCACCUGGAGCAGAAGCUGCAGCUGCAGGAGGAUGAGAUCCAGCUGUUGAAGGCAGCUCUGGCUGAUGCCCUGCGCCGACUGGGUUGCUGUGAGGAGCAGAGCCUGGGGAUGCAACCUGGAGGCGUCCAUGCUGCUGGGAGGAGAUCUCUGGCUACCACAGCUUCAGCAACACCUAGCAAGGGUAAGAAAGUGCGUCAGCUCCUGCAGGCUCUUCCCUCCAGACCUCUGAGUAAUGGCUACGUUCAACAGAAACGCCUCCUCUCCUCCCCUUCCUCUCCUAAGAAGGAGGUGCUACAGUCCAUUAAGAGGAAGAGUAUGUCCACAGAGCGUCUCACCAUGGUGAGGAGAGACAUGGGAGCGGAGAGUCGGAGUCGAACCACCUCUUCCAGCAGCUCCUCCGGAGGCAAAGGCAAAUCCAAAGAAUGCACCCUCAAUUCAGAACUUAACACGAAGCAAGAUAACAGAAGAUGGAAGUCAGAGGACGGCUACGUGAGGAUGUUCCUCCGAGGUCGUCCGGUCACCAUGCAGAUCCCCGAUAAGCAGAGGGAGAGCUACAGCCUCGACCACAAGGUGGCGCUACCUGACCGCAAGCUCAAACUGCAGUGGGUGUACGGCUACCGCGGACGUGACUGCCGCUCCAACCUCUACCUGCUGCCCACGGGAGAGAUCGUCUACUUCAACGCCUCUGUGGUGGUGCUGUACAACACCGAGGAGCAGCAGCAGAGACACUACAUGGGCCACAACGACGAUGUCAAAUGCCUGAGUGUGCAUCCUGACAUGGUUACCAUAGCAACGGGGCAAGUGGCUGGAAACUCUAAGGAUGGAAAGCUGCUGGCUCCUCAUGUUCGUGUUUGGGACUCUGUGAGCCUCAACACGCUUCAUGUGAUCGGGAUGGGAGUGUUCGACAGAGCGGUCACUUGUGUGGCUUUCUCCAAGUCGAACGGCGGCACCUUCCUUUGCGCUGUGGACGAUGCCAACGAUCACAUCCUGUCGGUCUGGAACUGGCAGAAGGAAAAGCAAUUGGCUGAAGUCAAGUGCUCCAAUGACUCUGUACUGGGCUCUGUGUUUCAUCCCAUGGAUGCCAACCUGAUUGUCACCUGUGGAAAAUCUCACAUCAACUUCUGGACCAUGGAAGGAAACACUCUCACCAAGAAACAGGGCCUGUUCGAGAAACACGAGAAGCCGAAGUAUGUGUUGUGUGUGGCGUUUGCCGAGAAUGGAGACGCCAUCACAGGAGACUCCAGUGGAAACCUCUACGUCUGGGCCAAAGGUGGUAGCCGCAUCAGCCAGGUGGUGUCGGGGGCCCACGAGGGCGGGAUUUUCUCUGUUUGUGUCCUGAAGGACGGCACCAUGGUGUCUGGAGGAGGGAAGGACCGCAAGGUGGUGCUGUGGGACCACGACUACAGAAAGAAGGCCGAGAUGGAGGUGGGCGAGACGCUCGGCCCUGUACGGGCUCUGGCUGAAGGUAAACCUGGAGAGCUCUUUGUAGGAACCACCAAGAAUGCCAUCAUCAGAGCUGCCUUCCCUGAUACAUUAACUCCUAUUGUACAGGGUCACACAGAUGAACUGUGGGGUCUGGACACCCAUCCCUCCAUGGAGCAGUUUGUCACCUGUGCCCAGGACAAAGUGGUUCACCUGUGGGACACCAACUCCCAUCAGCCCCUCUGGAGCAAGACCAUUGAGGAUCCAGGGAGGUGUGCAGGUUUCCAUCCCAGCGGGGCUGUUCUGGCUGUGGGGACCAUGACUGGAAGGUGGUUGGUGCUGGACACUGACACCCGGGAUCUGGUUUCUAUGCACACAGACGGCAACGAGAUCAUUUCCGACGUCAAGUAUUCUCCAGAUGGUAACUUCCUGGCUGUUGCUUCCCAUGACAACUUUGUUUACAUCUAUGCUGUGACGGAGAAUGGCCGAAAGUACAGCCGUGUGGGGAAAUGCACUGGCCACUCCAGCUUUGUCACCCAUCUGGACUGGUCGGUAGACAGCCAGUACCUCGUCACCAACUCAGGAGACUACGAAAUCCUCUUCUGGGAGGCAUCCAGUGGUAAACAUGUAACCAACAUGGACAGAGUACGCAACCAGGAGUGGGCCACUUCUACCUGCACUCUGAGCUUCACAACCUUCGGAAUUUGGCCAGAUGGAGCAGACGGCACAGACAUCAACGCCGUGUGCAGGUCACAUGACGGAUCCCUAUUGGCCUCUGCUGAUGACUUUGGCAAAGUGCACUUGUUCUCCUUCCCCUGCUCUCAACCAAGGGCUCCGAGCCACGAGUACGGUGGCCACAGCAGUCACGUGACCAACGUUGCCUUCCUGCACGACAACAGUCACCUGAUCUCCACUGGUGGGAAAGACACCAGCAUCUUGCAGUGGGUGGUCUAGGCAAUGGUACCCACCCACAUCUCUAAUCGCCCACAUGGGGACCAGCGUCCUCUCUGACCCCUGCCACCUCUUCACUGUUUUACCCUCAUGCCACCAGGGGGCAGUAUCUCCACUGUGCUUACUGGAAAUAAUAAUAAAUAAAUAAAAACACACACACACAACUUACCUACAUACUGUAUGUCACACCAGAUAAGAUCAUGAGUAUCAUUGUAAUAAAUUGAAUAUUAUUUAGUGUC